GCAGAAUAAAUAGUGCGACAACGUCCAGAACGGGUUUGAUAUUUUAGGCAGUGUGGUAAAGGAUUUUUCUGCUACUUUACCGGCACAUUUUCGAAUUCCGUGUUUUUUUUAAAAAGAUGAAUCCGUUAUGGUGGGGUUGUUAGAGAAUAUGAAGCAGCAGCAAAUCAGACGCGAACAAGCUUUCCACUCUCCACGCAAAAAGUUUUCCAUUUUUGCUAAUACAAUUUCGGCGAUUUUUUGCAUGUGGUAUUGAGUGUUUUCGGUAAAUUUGUGCGACGUCUUUCGUAAAAAAUGAAUCGGUAUCCUCAUGUGACCGUGCUGCGGCUGAAUGAGUGGAAGGAAAUUGACAUACCCACGUCUAGACGCCCUUCGGAAGCGCCAUUAGUGCUCAACUUGAAGAAGGAAGAACACGAAACCGUUUCGGAAGAGCGACAAUCGCCGAUCGAUAUCCGGACAAAGGAAGCCAAACUUGAUGCAAAACUUAUUGACAAUCCGCUGAUUAUCAGUUAUCCGCGUUGGCUGAAGGAAGGGGCCACAUUCAUAAAUACCGGCUCCACAUGGAGGAUUGAUGUCAAUAGCAAACGAUUCGUUAUUCACGGCGGGCCUUUGAAUGCACGCUACCACUUGGAACAAAUCCACGCGCACUGGGCGUCAACCAGUUUAUUCGGAUCCGAACAUGUUGUCGAUGGACGAUAUUUCCCAUCGGAAAUACAUUUCGUGCACUGGAAUCGCUCCAAACAUAAAAAAUUCGAAGAUGCACUCGAAGAUGGCGAAGGACUGUCGGUUAUUGGAGUUUUCUUAAAAGUUGGAAAAGCCCAUCCCGAACUGGAAAAGCUUGUCAACUUGAUGGAGAAUAUACAUUACGCCGACAAGAAGGUAUCGAUUGCCGCACUGGAAUUGGACUUGUAUCGACUGCUUCCAGAGGAUUCAACACAAUACUGGACAUAUGCCGGUUCACUAACCACACCGCCAUUUAGCGAAUGCGUAGUAUGGAUUGUUAUGAAAAAUCCUAUCGAAAUUUCUUCCAGCCAGCUACGUGCUAUGCGCACUUUGCUGCGUUACAAGGAGAACGAAAGGGCUUUGUCUCGUGAUCCCGAUACGAACCACCUGCGCCACAAUUUCCGUGUCAUUCAGCCUCACAAUCCGACUUUAGUGUCCGCAUCCUUCGCGAUCGAUUGUCAACCGUUUCAACAAUCACCCAUUAACAUCAGUACGGGUUCAGCCAUCUUCGAACCAGAGCUCGAGCAUCGCAAACUGGAUUUUAAUUACCCGACCAGUCUGAAAAUGGCAUCUGUAUACGAAAAUGCCGGGUCUACUUGGAAGGUUACGAUGGUGGAUCGUCGUUUCUUCUUAAAAGGCGGUCCUUUGCAUGAUUUUUAUUAUUUGGAGCAGUUUCAUGCUCACUGGGGCCCCGAUAAUCGAUCCGGUUCGGAGCACCUUGUAGAUAAUUUUGCUUACGCCGGUGAAAUUCAUUUCGUCCAUUGGAAUCGUCGAUAUGGAUCUUUCCAAUCUGCACUAUCUUACCACGAUGGUCUGGCUGUAGUCGGUGUAUUUCUUGAGAUCGGCAUGCCAAAUCCCGAAUUACACCGACUGGUAGACGCCAUUCAUGAUAUUCACUACGCCGGACAUAGUGUGCCCUUAAAGCAUCUCGAUGUAACCCAGCUCUUGCCAGAAGAUACCUCGAAAUAUUAUACAUAUCACGGAUCACUGACCACACCGCCAUACAAUGAAUGCGUGCAAUGGAUUGUCCUGAAACACCCAAUCGAGGUUUCUACCGAACAGAUGCAGGCUUUUCGAAGCUUGAGUACGCGAAAGGGGCGGAAGCAUAGUCGGGAGUCUCGUGACUCACGAAAAGGAAGUCGGGACAGUGUCAUUUCCGUUCGUCGAAGUCACAGCGAGCGUCGGCCGGAUAAAGGGCGGGUAUUGCAAAACUAUCGCGUUACCCAACGGAUACGGACACAUGAAGUUAUUGCUUCUUUCAAAUUAAACGGUGACCAUACGGAUUUAAGCAGUUCCAGCAGCAUCAGCGAUCUGAGCGGUUCUGAUUCUGAAUAGCAUUUGGUUCAAUGUAACUUAAGAAUUUAACCAAGUUCGAAGUGCUUUAUCAUCGAAUAAUACGAUUUAUUAGCAAUAAAGCUCACUUUAACCCAAUGUAAACUUAAGUACAUCUAUUUGUACAGAAGCGCCGACGAAUUUAACAGUCACCCACAAAA